AUGAAGAUCCGCGUGGUCCAGAUCUGGGGGUUCCUGAUGACCGUGUUGGGCUGGAUCUUCGUGGCCUGCACCAUGGCCAUGGAGGGCUGGAAGAUCAGCGCCAUCGGAGGCAUGGGGGGCUCCUCCAUCAUAAAGGUGGCCUGGUUCUGGUCCAGCCUCUGGAGAUCCUGCUUUACAGACUCAACAGCCGUCAGCAACUGCUACGACUACCCCGUGCUCUGGUCCGUGGAGGGCCACAUCCAGAUAGUGCGAGGCCUGCUGAUGGCGGCUCUCUCCCUGGGCGUGCUGGGGUUCGUGCUCAGUCUGCUGGGCAUGGAGUGCACCUACAUUGGGGGGAAAGACCGCUCAAAGUACUGGAAGAUCUACGCGGGGGCAUGGUGCCAUAUCAUCAGCGGUUUCAUGUCCACGUGUGGCUACGCUGUCUAUGCGCAGUACGUCUCAAUGGAAUACUUCAGCCCCGACUUUGACGGCCUGAGGUACGACCUCGGCACCCCGAUGUUCCUCGGCUGGGUUGGCUCCGCCUUCCACUUCACCGGCGGCUUCUUCUACGUGUGGUCGGUGUGCAAGCCGCUCUGCGGAGGACAGACAACGGUGAUCAAAAUCAAGGCAUCCAACAUCCAGACACUCCCGGACCCGGAGCAGAACCAGUCCGCGCCGGCUCCUUCCGAGACCUCCUCCGAGUCCAAAUUGUCGUCCGUGUCCGAGCUGUCGUCCGAGUCCGAGCACUCCGACCUGUCCACCAUCUCCUCAGGAACGGCACGCACAUUCACAUCUGGACGCACGGCCAGGUCGGGGCGCUCGUCUGAGACCAGCAGAACCACCGGCUUUACCGUGUCAUCAAUGUCCAGCAUGUCGAGGAGCAGCGGCAGUCAGACGGUGUCAUUGUUGUCAGGCAGCUCAAGGAGUAAAAGUUCAGCGUAUAACAAAAAUGCUUAUAUUUGAUUGAAUGCGUGUCACCAUGUGACAGACAAAUACUAACAAUAAUAUGGCGUAUGUUUUUUUUCUUAAAAUUAUGACUGUGGUGAAAGCAAGAUGUGUUUGCUUUUACUAUCACAUGACUAAUCUUUCUCAUUUAACGUCUUUUCGCUGUUAAAGUUUAUAAUAUGUAAUGUACCAUAACUAGAUGCCAUGUGUGCCAUGUAAAACAAAAAAUAAAAACAGUAAACAUGUUCUGCAUUUAUCUUAUUCAAUCCUUUGCUUAAUCACUACUUCCU